CGGGUCUCACAGCCAGCACAAGACAUACGCAAAAAGUCACCAGCUGUCUAACUAACUAGUACUAGCUACACAAUUAACACUGGUAUCCACUUUCCAGCCACUGACUGUACAUCCAUCCCACCGCCCACCCCACCCGACGCGAUGCGUUCAGCCAUCAUGCGGCCGAGAGGGCUGCCGGGCUAAGCGGUAGGCACAUCGAAACGGGCCAUGCUUCGAUGAUCGCUUGGCUCAGCAAACCCCUCGGCGACACGAUGCCCGACACACACCCCAAGUCGAUCAGUUACAUGAUCAAGAGAGCGGACUCCUGCCACUCCGAAAGUAGUAGACAGACAUCGACACUGAGGAGAGCAGCAGCCCGAGCCCGCCAAGUGUGAAGCCAACCCCCGUCAAGAGGCACCCGAGGCCGAGGCCGGCGAUGCCCAUGCCAGUGUAGUUGGGCUCUGCGGCCUUGGUGCUGCCGCUCUGCUGCCAGAAGUCACCCAACGCGCUCUCAGAUCUGUGCAGCACACAACAAGCAAAUGGACACCAUUAAUGAAUCACUGCAGUGCACUCGGGGAGGUGCGCAUUUGAGCUCAGUGGUGCUUACGAGCUGCGCGUCACGUAGGCAACUUUUGGGUUGAGAUCCGACCACACUCGGGUGCACCUUCCGGUGUCCCAGCUCAGAAGGCUGGGCACCUGCUCCCUGCACACACACACACACACACACACACACACAGACACUCACGUACACCCACUCAUCCAGGCAUUUCAUUUGCCAGUCUUGUUUGUUUCUUUCCAGCUCAUGAAUACAGUUUGAGCUUCGUCCAGUCCUCGAACUUGAGCUUCUCGCACACUGCGUCCUUCUUCUUCUCCUGCAGAGGCCAGUGGGUGAGAUCAAGACGCACAACUACUGAGCCCCACGCAUACGCCAUGUGAUGCCUAUCUACCUUGAGCAGUGCCUGAAGCUCGUCAUCGCUGCUGAUCUUUGUGCGCACGCCGUCGAUUGUGAAAACGUUCGGCGGCGACGCCAUGAUCAAGAUCAGAUCUUCUGGUCGUACGUAUCGAUGCCGCUCACAUCACCGGGCGCUGGUCGGGGG